UUCGCGGACGGGAAGUAGAGCAUCGUUCCUGGUUAAAAAUACAUGAUCGAUGCAGUCUGUCAAAACAACUAACUUGUUGUUGAGAAAAUGAAUUCGGAGCGCUUUUCCACCGCACUAAAGAUGGAAAGCAAACGCUGGUCGGGCUGUUGAGCUUUAUACAUAAUGAUUUCUGCUGGAAAGGAAAAUUGGUUUUCCUAGUCAGUUGACUUCCUACUACCCCUGCGAGGUGACACCACCGUACAGUGUGAUAAGCAGACAGCAUCCCCUAACAGUAAGGAUGGGUGCUGAGAGCAGUGCCCUGCCAAGCUGUGUACUGGAAGAGCCAUUGCUGACGCUGCCUUCUGGUCUUACUAUGUACUCUGCCCUCCUUCAGGAUGGCAAGCCUGCUUCAGUCUUUGUACAUAAGCAAGACAAUGAAGAUAAAGUCAAUAAAGCUGCCAAGCACCUGAAAACAUUAAGGCAUCCAUGUCUGCUUCGCUUCCUGUCAUGCUCAGUGCAGGAUGGAGGAAUUCAUUUAGUGACAGAGCCAGUUCAGCCAUUAGAACGGCUGCUAGAGAGUCUCACCCCAGAGGAGAUCUGUGCAGGCCUCUACGACCUGCUGCAAGCGCUAGUCUUUCUACAUGACAGGGACAAAUCAAGUCACAACAACGUGUGCAUGUCCUCAGUGUUUGUGAGUGAGGAUGGUCAUUGGAAGCUGGGUGGGAUGGAAACUGUCUGCAAGUUUUUUGAGGCGACACCAGAGUUUCUCAGAAGCUUUCAGAAUGUAAGAGAAAACAGUGCCAUUCCUCCUGAGGAAAAGCUUGAAGGAUUCAAAACACUUCCCGACAAGCAUGCCCACUCCCGAGACGCUUUUUCAUUGGGUGUGAUGGUGGAGGCUCUUCUUCCACUCCUGACGGGACAUGUCUCAGAUGAUUUGUUGGAGAGUCUAAAGAACACGCUGCAGGUCAGCCUCUUGACCCCUGACCCAAUGUCUCGCCCAUCUCUCAGCAGUUUGCUGACCCAUACAUUUUUCAGAAAUGACUUCCUGGAUAUCAUGAAUUUUCUGAAGAGUUUGACCCUGAAAACUGAGGAGGAGAAAAAUGAAUUUUUUAAGUUUCUCUUGGACCGUGUUCUGAACCUCCCAGAGGAAUUAAUUGCUACCCGUCUGGCUCCUAAACUGCUAAAUUCUCUGAUAUUUGCUGAACCCAUGGCUGUGAAAAGCUUUCUUCCUCACCUCUUACGGCCUAAACAAGAUUCGGGUGUGAGCGCCGGUGAGGAGUGUCUGCUGUCUGUGUCUUUGUAUCGGAGAUACGUGGUUCCUCAGCUUCUUAAGCUCUUUAAGGUGAACGAGGAGCAUGUCAGGAUUGUGCUUCUCUCUCACAUUCACGUCUACGCAGAGUUCUUUCCUCAUGAAGAACUAAAAAACCAGAUUCUUCCUCAGGUUCUGCUGGGAAUGAGAGAUACGAAUGACUCACUCGUUGCCAUGACGCUACAAAGCCUAGCUGUGCUGGUUCCGUUGCUGGGUGCCCAAGUAGUUGUUGGUGGGGAGAGGACCAAAGUCUUUAAACGGACUACGCCAAACUUUACCAAGUCCACAGAGGUCACCCCAGAGACAUCGCCUGUGCAUAUUGUUGGGCCAUCACAUCCUCAAAUCUCACAACAACCGAAGGUCCUGAAUCUGUUCCCUAAAGGGCCUGAGGACAAAAAAGUGGUUUUAGAAAACAUGUACUCUAUACGAGCAACUGAAAAGACCACUUCCCAGCACACUAUUGCAGAGAGGGCAGUCCUUAGCAGGACUUUUCCACUAAAUGGCUUCAGUUUGAGCAAGCAGGCUGGGGACAGCACAAAGACCUCCAGAGCAGUGAGACCUGAUGAAGACUGGCCAAAUUGGAGUGACUCAGAAGAGGUAAAGAAAGACAACAGCCAUUUACUCGAGAUCAGCAUUCAGACAGCGGGCAUUCCAGGCCAGAGAAACCAUGCAAUACCAGCUGACACUGGAGAUGAGAGCAAGGAACACUGGGAUGAUUUCAAGGACUCGGAAGUGAUCUCAGACCAAUCGCCCACCACUCCUGUACCAGUCUCUGCACCAAAGACAUCAAAACAAAGAAAUGCAUUAUCUAUGUCUGAACCUAGCGGUGGACCUCAAAGAAAAUCUAGAGCACUGAAACUGAACUCUAGUGUGAAAAGCGCCCCAGAAAAUAACCAUACCUCAUGGGACACAGGUUGGGACCAGAGAACUGACACUCUCAAACCCAGCAAAACAACCUUAGCAUCAGAGCCCAAGCCAAAAACUACAAUCAAAGGCCAUGGAGCUGGUAGUCUGGGGGAGGAGUUCACCAUUGCAGUGAAGAAGAAACCAGAGCAAGAUCCAGAGCUAGAUUUAUUCGCUGACAUGGUCCCAGAUAUAAAGCUGUCUUCCUCAUCUUUUCUGCUUCCUGUGGAAAGCUCGGUCAGUGAACCCAUCAUAAAUAGGCCGCUGGGACACAUGACAUCAGACAACGCAGACUCAUCGAUAGACACUCUGAGCCUCACUGCUAAGUUUGCUGCAGCUGACAUGACUGAGACUGAAGCAGAAGGUUGGGGUGAUGAUGACCUCAACUGGGAAGAUGAGAACACCUGGUGAUCAGUUUGGUCCUCUUCAGAAAGCCAAAUGAGAGAAUGCCCACGAAUAGCUCAUACAAAAUACACUGUUACAUAUGCUAUCAUGACUUUAGACCAACCAAUUAAACCACACAAGUUUAGCAAAUUUUAAAAACUAAAUUUUAGGAGGGUAGUGUUUAAUUUCAGAUCCCCUCACCCCAUGCAAUAUGUUAAUCAACUCACUGUUGACAUAAAAAUUGUUGUUACUUUAACAACUAAGUUGCCAUUUAGUUGUUUCAAGAUAGCAUGGUGGACCUAAACUUGCCAAAUCCUACUAUGCAAUUCUUCAAUUCUGUUGCACUGUUGGGGUACAUUGUUUUUCAAGCAGAUUUUGUUAGUGCCAUACUGCUUUUUAUGAGCCUUAAAGGACAGCCACAACUUGUGAAGAAAUAUAUAGACUCUAAAGUGUGUUCAUUAUAUUUGGAUGAGAGCCUGACAUAAUUUAUUUGUAUUAUCAGCUGCUUAAAUAAAAAGGUUUUAUGGUAUGUCCAACUUUGACAAAGCCUACAGACUCAAACAUUCCAUAUAUAUAUAUAUAUAUAUAUACACACACAAACACAGUGCUGUGAAAAAGUAUUUGCCCCUUCCUCAUUUCUUCUAUUUUUGUGUGUAUUUUUCAUACUAAAAUUGUUAUAGAUCUUCAAACGAGAUAUUACAUAAAACAAAGGCAACCUAAGUAAACACAAAAUACAGUUUGCAAAUAUAUAUAUUUAUUUAUUUAUUUAUCCAACACCUAUAUCACCCAUGUGAAAAACUAACUGCCUCCUUAAACUUAAUAGCUGGUUGUGCCACCUUUAGCAGCAACAACUGCAAGCAAACGCUUCUGAUAACUGGAGAUCCAUCUUUCACACCACCUUUGGUGGAAUUUUGGCCCACUCUUUGCAGAACUGCUUUAGUUCGGCCACACUGGGGGGUUUUCGAGCAUGAACUGCCUGUUUAAUGUCCUGCCACAGUAUCUCAUCGGGUUCAAGUGAGGACUUUGACUAGGCCUCUCCAAAACUUUAAUUUAGCUUCUUUUGAACCAUUCAGAUGUGGACUUACUCCUAGGCUUUGGGUCAUUGUCUUGCUGCACAAUCCAGUUGCGCUUGAGCUUCAACUCAUGGACUGAUGACCGGAUGUUCUCCUUUAGGAUUUUCUGGUAGAGAGCAGAAUUCAUGUUUCAGUCCAUUAUUGCAAGUCACCCUGACCCUGAAGCAGCAAAGCAUCCCCACACCAUCACACUACCACCACCAUGCUUGACCAUAGGUAUGAUUUUUUUUGUGUGUGUAAUUCUGUGUUUGAUUUAUGCCAGAUGUAGUGGGAACCCUUUCUUCCAAACAGUUCCACUGUCUCCCAAAAGGUUUGAGGAUCAUCAAGGUGUGUUUUAGCAAAAUUCAGAUGAGCCUUAAUGUUCUUCUGAGUUAGCAGUGGUUUUCGCCUUGCUACACUUCCAUGGAUGGCAUUUUCAGCCAGUGUCUUUCUGAUAGUGGAGUCAUGAACAGUGACCUUUAUUGAUGUGAGACAGGCCUGCAGUUCCUUGGAUGUUAUCCUCUGCUUUUUUUGCGACUUCCUGGAUGAGUCAUCGCUGUGCUUUUGGAGGAAUUCUGGAAGGUGGGCCUUUUCUGGGAAGGUUCACUACUGUGCCAAAUGUUCUUCAUUUGGAGAUAAUGGCUCUCACUGUGGUUCUUUGGAGUCCCAGAGCCUUUGGAAUAGCUUUGUAACCCUUCCCAGACUGGUGUUUCAGGUGACCGAUGAUCACCUUUUUUCUCAUCAUUUCUUUCAACCUUGGCAUAGUGUGCUAUUUGAUGAUAUUUCAUGCCAACUUCAUGCUGCUGAAAAAGUUCUAUUUAGGUAUUGAUUUGAUUGAACAGUGCUGGCAGUAAUCCAGGCUGGGUGUGUCUAGUCCAGUUGAACCCCAUUAUGAAUGCAGUUUCAUAGAUUUGGGGAUUUAGUAACUAAAGGGCAAAUACCUUUUCAUACAGGCCCAGUUGGUGUUGGAUAACUUUUUUCCUUCAGUAAAUAACAUUAUCAUUUAAAAACUGCAUUUUGUUUACUCACAUACAUACAUAUAUACAUAUACAUACACUGUAUAUAUACAGUGCAUUCAUAAAGUAUUCAGACCCCUUCAUUUUUUUCAUUUUGUUUUUGCAGUCUUUUGCUAAAAUGCUUUACAUUUUUUUCUUGUAUCGACACUCCAUAUCCCAUAAUGACAAAGCAAAAAAAUAAUUUUUGAUAAUUCACUAAAACAUCACUAACAUACACCGAUCAGCCACAACAUUAAAACCACCUGCCUAAUAUUGUAUAGGUCCCCCUCAUGCCGCCAAAACAGCGCCAACCUGCAUUCAUUCUGAGAUGCUAUUCUUCUCACCACAAUUGUACAGAGCGGUUAUCUGAGUUACUGUAGACUUUGUCAGUUCAAACCAGUCUGGCCAUUCUCUGUUGACCUCUCUCAUCAACAAGGCAUAUCCAUCCACAGAACUGUCCCUCACUGGAUGUUUUUUGUUUUUGGCACCAUUCUGAGUAAAUUCUAGAGACUGUUGUGUGUGAAAAUCCCAGGAGAUCGGCAGUUACAGAAAUCCUCAAACCAGCCUGUCUGGCACCAACAAUCAUCCAUGCGAUUAUCUAAUCAACCAAUCGUGUGACAGCAGUUUAUUAAAAUCAUACAAAUAUAGGUCAGGAGCUUCAGUUAAUGUUCACAUCAACCAUCAGAAUGGGGGGAAAAAAAAUUGAUUUCAGUAAUUUGGACCGAGGCAUGAUUGUUAGUGCCAGAUGGGCUGGUUUGAGAAAUAAUAAUAAUAAACUUUAUUUUAUACAGCGCCUUUAACAGCUACAGAGAAAUUUAGCAUAGGGCGCAAUCUUGCUAUAUUUCUGAGGUGAAAAAAGGAUGCUUUAACAGUACUCUGUACAAAAGAAUCAAAUGCAAGACUGGUAUAAAAAAAAAUGACUCCAAGGUUCCUCAAGUAUUUCUGAACUGCUGAUCUCCUGGGAUUUUCACGCACAACAGUCUCUAGAAUUUACUCAGAAUGCUGGCAAAAACAAAAAACCUACACAAUAUUAGGCAGAUGGUUUUAAUGUUGUGGCUGAUCAGUGCAAGUAUUCAGACCCUUAACUCAAUAUUAAAUUGAAGCACCUUUGGCACCAAGUCUUUUUGGAUAUGAUGUGACAAGAUUUGCACACCUGGAUUUGGGGAUUUUCUGCCAUUCUUCUCUGUAGAUCAUCUCAAGCUCCAUCAGGUUGGAUGGGGACCAUAGGUGGACAGCCAUUUUCAACUUUCUCCAAAGAUGUUCGAUUUGUUCAAGUCUGGGCUCUGGCUGGGCCACUCAUGGACAUUCACAGAGUUGUCCCUAAGCCACUCUUGCGUUGUUGAACGCAAGAAGGUGCGUUCUUGCGCACCUUCUUGCGUUCGAAGGUGAACCUUCGACCCAGUCUGAGGUUCUGAGCGCUCUGGACUAGGUUUUCAUUAAGGAUAUCUCUUUAUUUUGCUGUGUUCAGCUUUCCUUCAACCCUGACCAGUCCCCGCUGCUGAAAAUACCCACCACCACCCCUCUUAACCACUGGGAUGGUAUUGCGUGGGUGAUAAGCGGUGCCUGGUUUCCUCCAGACAUGAUGCUUGGAACUGAGGCCAAACAGUUCAAUCUUUGUGUCAUCAGAGAAUCUUGUUUCUCACAAUCUGAGAGUCCUAUAGGUGCUUUUUUGCAAAUUCCAAGUGGACUUUCAUGUGUUUUGACUGAGGAGAGGCUUCCAUGUGGCCACUAUGCCAUAAAGCCCAGAUUGGUGAGGUGUUGCAGUGAUGGUUGUCCUUCUGCAAGUUUCUCUAAUCUCCACACAUGAUCUCUGGAGCUCAACCAGAGUGAACAUCGGGUUCUUGGUCACCUCUCUCACCAAGGCCCUUCUCCCCGAUUGCUCAGUUUGGCCAGCUCUAGGAAGAGUCCUGGUUGUUCCAAACUUGUUCCAUUUAAGAAUUAUGGAGGCCACUGUGCUCUUGGGAGUCUUUAAUGCAGGCAAAACAUUUUUGUAGCCUUCCACAGAUCUGAGCCUCGACACAAUCCUGUGUCUGAGUUCUGCAGGCAGUUCCUUUGCCCUCAUGACUUGGUUUCUGCUCUGAUAUGCAUUUUUAGCUGUGAGACCUUAUAUAGACAGGUGUGUGCCUUUACAAAUCAUGUCCAAUCAAUUGCAUUUGCCACAGGUUGACUCCAAAGUGCAGAAACAUCUCAAAGAUGAUCCAGAGAAAUGGGAUGCACCCGAGUUCAAUUUCAAGCAUCAUAGCAAAGGGUCUGAAUAAUUAUGUCAAUGUGAUAUUUCAGUUUUUUCUUUUUAACUUAAGGCUGCAACAUAAAAUGUGAAAAAAAUGAAGGGAUCUGAAUACUUUAUGAAUGCACUGUGUGUGUGUGUAUAUAUAUAUAUAUAUUACACACACAUACAUAUACCUACAGCACAUUUUGUUUAUUAACUUUUGGUAUACUUGACUUCAUGGCAUUCUCAACCCAUUUGACUUCUGUAAUGACAUUCGAGUGAAACAUGACAUUCUACAAUUUUAUCCAUUGGGAAUCAAUUGGAUUGGCAUCUACAUGACAGGUGGUUGGAAGGAAGGUCAUUGAAUUGUACCAACAGUGAUUACAUCAUGGUAAUAUUUGUUUACUGAAUUGUGACUGGUCAUCUUUCUUGCAUUUAUUUGCGCACUACAUUAUGAAUGGUCUU